AUGUCGUCAUUGACGGGGUGCUAUUUCGAUCCCUCUGAACGAGUUGGUAAAUUCAUCGAUAAUGGGUUAUUAGAGAUAACUCAUAUUCUCGGUGUAGGAGCAUAUGGGGUGGUUUACUCAGCGAAAAAUGUCCUUAAUCAACGAGUUUAUGCUGUGAAAUGCAUGCCGAAAGCAAACAUAGAUGCACAACAGCAUAGAUUACAUCUUACAGAGAUUAAUCUUCACGCUCAAGUUACCGGUCAUCCAAAUAUCAUUAGCCUAGAAAAGAUUAUUGAUAUCACAGAUUCUUUAAAUGUUGUUCUUGAAUACUCUGAUGAAGGAGACUUAUUCUCAAUGAUUACCGAAAAAGGGCUAUAUCUUGGAAAUGACGACCUUAUAAAACAGGUUUUUGUGCAAAUUCUGGAUGCUGUCCAGUUUUCACAUUAUCAUGGCAUUUAUCAUCGUGAUUUAAAACCAGAAAAUAUUCUUGUUUUUGACGAUGGAAUGACUGUUAAAAUUGCAGAUUUUGGUUUAGCAACAACAGAUACUUGGUCGAAAGACUUUUGUUGUGGGUCAACUUAUUAUAUGAGCCCAGAAUGUCAAGGUGGACUUUACGAGCGGGUAUCGGGUUACGCGACAGCACCCAAUGAUGUCUGGUCAUUGGGUAUUAUUCUCAUUAAUCUUGCUUGUGGUCGUAAUCCAUGGAAACAGGCCUCUCUUAGUGAUGAAACCUUUUCAGCCUAUGUCCAAAAUCCAGAGUUUUUAAAGACUAUCCUUCCAAUUUCUGAUGAGCUUAACGAAAUUUUAAAAGACGUUUUUGCCCUCGAUCCUGAGAAGCGCAUAACAUUAAGUGAAUUUAAAGAACGUGUGUUAGAAUGCCAUAGUUUUAUCAUGCCAGAAUUUGCUACGUUCUGUGAAAUGCUCGUUGAGCAAGAAAUUGAUGUACCUCCAACAAUUUCACAUGACAUGUGCAGUCAGUCUUCAACGUCUUCUGCAUGUUCAUGGUAUUCCAUGAAUUCGGAGAUGGAUUUUUCUAUUCCUCCAGCCGAAUUUUUGGACGACUAUGAUCGUUGCUCUGUUUCAACGGGUUCCACCUUUAUAUCAACAUUAGCAUCCAGUCAGCCUGACUUGAUUAAAUGUUUCGAGAAUGAUUCAAUAAUUAAUUUGAAGUGUGGUAGUCUUAUAAUGGAUAACCAUCUCCUUCGAACCAAUUAUAUAUUUUAA